CGCUUGUUUUUCCCAAGAAUAACCAAACAUGUAGCACUGUACAUACACACACUCUACCUCCGAAAGCCCUCGUUAACCUUGGCUAACUGUCUCCCUUUCGCCCGCCGCCUCCCCCCCCCCCCCCAGCCCCAUAUCGCCCCCCCUGAGUUCGACAACUGCAGGCAGCUGAGUGACGACCUGCAGGUGGAGUGGCAGGCUCAGGAAGACGAAGUCCACAUCAGACUCACGGCCAAGAUGGACGAAGACCAGUACAUCGCUUUCGGACGUUCCCGAUCUGAUGAAAAGCCCGAAAUGCUGAACAGUGAUAUUGUGGUUGCCUACUACGAUCCGGAUGAUGGUUCCUUCCACGCCAUAGACUACAGUGUCACAGCCAGGUCGCAGUGCGACGGAACCUUCGGCGUGUGUCCCGACGAGCGCAUAAACGGCCGGAACGACGCCUCGGUCAUCGGCGGCGAACGGCGGAACGGCAUCACCUCCAUCACGUUCAGCAGACCUUACGAAACGAACGACCAGAUGGACAUGCCUAUCUCCCGCUUCUCCGACGCCAUCACCGUCAUCGCCGCCAUCGGUCAGCUUAACAACCGCAAGGAGGCCAAUUACCACGACGAAUUCGUGACGAAAGACCACGUGCUCCUGGACUUCAGCUCCGCCGGCGACAACUCCUGCGGCGUUUUGGUCGGCGGGGAGCGAGAGACCACGAGGUUUCCACCUUGGCUCAUCAGGACCAUCAGGGCGACGACCAAUUUCACGGCCACGAUCGGUCCGACGGGAGGCGACCGCGGGUACAAGGCUAUUACGGGAUUACCAUCUUGGGGAAUCGCCUGGUGGAUUAAUGAUAUACUUAUCCCAGAGAUAUACGUGGAAAGGGGACAAACGUACUAUUUUACGGUGUUCGGUGGCAACGAUAAGCUAAACAGCCCGAGGUACCACCCUCUCUACAUCACCAGCAGCGCCGAGGGAGGAUUCGGCCAGAAGACAGUCGAGGAACAGAAGCAGGAGAGAGUGUUCGCUGGUAUCUCCUACUCCAAGAUGGGAAUGCCAGACGCAACUGCUGCCGGAGGUCUGUGCGAGUGGCGCCACGAAGGAAUCGACGCCUGGGAAGACAGUAUCACCUUUGAGGAAUACAAGGAGACCCUCUAUAAAGACUGCGACGCCGACCCCCCUGGCUCCCUUGUUUGGACAGUGGCAGAAGACACCCCGGAUUUAGUGUACUACCAGUGUUACACCCACCGGAACCUCGGCUGGAAGAUACACGUGGUGGACAGCGGCUACAACCUUCGUCAGGAAGGUAUUAGCAGCGGCUCGACCUUGGCUCCUCUGCACACAUACCAAGCCACUCUUGCUGCGGUUCUUCUGCCUGCCUUAAUGCUGCCACUUAGAUGAAACUGUGGACUUCAGUAGUGCUACCCUGUAAUAUCGUACCCCAUCCACUAUCAAAUUCCAACAGCCAGUUUAGCAGUGUUUACAGAAUCUCAUUUUCCCCGUUUUCUGUUUUUUCGUUUUCUUUUCUUCUUAUUCUUUUUCUUUUUUCUUUUACUUUUUUGUGAAAGUUUGUUUGGAUCUUUUUUUUCUUUAUUCAUCUACUUCUCAUUCUCCUCUAUUCCUUUAUUUUCAACUUUUCUUCCUCUUCUAUAUCCUCUUCUCGUCUUCCUAUUCUCCCCCCAUCUCCGUCAUCUAUUUAAUUAAUUUAUCACUUGUCUUAUCUCCUUGUGAUUCCCUAAAAUCAUACCUUUAAAAACUAAGGAAAGGGAACAUUGUAUUUUGCAUAACUAUACCCUUCAUAACACACACCAAGUAAGGACUUUUACCUUGUAAUUUAUAAGACUUAAAUGGAUACAGGUUAGGUUGAUCUUGAGGACAGUCCUAUGGCUAACACUGUCCAUGGAUUCACGGUAUUCUGAAUCUUUUCUUCAAUUUUUGCUAUUCGUGUUGUAAAUAUCGAUAGUUUUUUUUUGUCUCUCUCUCUCUAUCUUUCUUUCUUUCUUUCUUUUUAUAUAUUCAUACAUAUAUAUAUACCAAGUGUAGAAUUGUAAUAGCUGAAUUUAUUGGGAACAGUACAGUGUGUGACAUGCUCUAGUGUGUACGUUCUUCAUGACGAUUAUUUUGUAUGUGCUUUUGAACCCCAAGAGCUACACGUGUUUGGUGUCUGUCACGUUUUACUAUAUGUAGUAAUAUGGCUGAAACACUCUUGAAAAGAGUUCUGUAGAUUGAGGUACGGUUUUUCAGAAAUUAUUGUUGUUGUUGGUAUAAUAUUAGUGGUAUUAUUAUGACUGUAAUUAUUAUGAUUAUGAUUAUUAUGAUUAUUAAAGUUAUUGGUAUUGGCUAUACAUUUUUUUUCUUAUUUAUUCUUUGUGAUUGAGUAUAUCAUUUUUGGAUACAGUAUUGUCUAGCAAUAAACAUUGGUUUAAAACUACUUAAGAAUAAAUACAUAUUUAUUAAAUAUUUUUAUAAAUUUCUUGGUAAGUGUGUUAAGUUCGUGUACAGUUACACUGUUCUUGUGAAACAAAAAAAUUGUGAAUGCCUAGCUGUAUUCUUCUUUUAAUGUUAUGAUGGAAUAGAAAAUAAUAUCUUGUACAUACAGUAAUUACUGUUUAAUUAGGACAUUCAGGCACAUUUGUAUUAUAUAUGAAGCACAUGAAAACUUAUCAUCUUUGACAUGAUCUUCGGACCUCUUGCUUGCAGCAUGGAUAAACGCCAGCCUUGUCUCUUGCGUCGUGAACAGAAGACUAUUAACAGCACGCCAUAAGCAUUCCAAAAUUCACGUAUGAUAUUCCUGCCUUGCCAGUUUGCAAUGAAGAUGUCCCAAGGUACAUUUUGAAUGCCCCUCUGUACAUCUUAACCCUAAGCCAUUUUUUUAUAUAUAUGAUAAUAUACAGUGUUGACUACCCUCAGAGUCUGUUUUCUUUUUUGUCUUAAGUUGCUGGGAAAAAAAGUUAAAUGUUGGAAUGACCUGCCUGUGUGAACUGUGUGUCACUUCUUUGUAAAUCAUGGGUUUUGCCUUUUGGAGUGAAGGUCAAGGCGACAGAAGGUAUUGGUUCUACUCCUUGUAUUGUUUAAGGCUUGUAUUAUGCUAUGAGGUAUCUUUCGACUCCCCCUGAAGGUUACACUAAGUUUUGGGACGGAAGGUUUUGCAAGGCCUUCCAGUGUGUCAGAGAUUGAAAUGCAUUGUGUGUCUCUCUCUCUUUGUUUUUUAACACCUCCCUGAAGAGAACAACAAUUACAUCUAUAAUUGUAUUUGUAUUUGUACUGGUCAGAAUGAAUACUAUUAGCUUGACCUUUCUUUGAAUUAUCUCUUUUUUCACUUUGUUUAGUCCCGAAAUCAUGUAGUUUCAAAAAAAAAAGAUAUGAUGGAUAGCUUAUCUGACUACCGUACUAAAUUCAACCUGAAUAGGGGCAGAUAUUUUUUUAUAUAUGAAUAUUCAUUGUACAUUUCAUACAUUCAACGCAUAUAGCAUAUAGUCCAUUUAGAUUAUAAAACAAUGUCAAAUGAAUGAUAUUUUUGUAGAGUAGAGCCAGUAACUAUGUUGGCCCCCCUUGCAUGGUGUUCUAUUUACGUUCAUCAUAAUAGUUGCUAAGGUUUAUUUGGAAUGUUUGUUGUGAACUUAACAAUUUUAUAUUGCUGUGAUUAUAUAUAUAUAUACAUAUAUACAUACAUAUAUAUAUUUCCUGUAAUGUUGAAAAUGUAAUUGACUCCUUUCACCCGUUUCCAUGGUUUUCCAAAGAAAACCUUUCCUGUAUUAAGCAGAGGCCAAAUGCUUCUGCUGAAAGAACAACAUAAUCAAUAUGGAUUCCAUUAGGGUAUUAGGGAAUCGUACUUCUGUGAGGGUGGCAUGUGACAGUAUGGCAACUGUAGGUCAUUCUUAACUCUUAAGAAAUGCUUCGUUCUUGUAAUAUAGAGAAUAUUCAAUAAAUCAAAUCUGGAAUUCACACAAAGAUUGUAAUUCCCCUUGAGGUCUGCUGAGAGUAGGAGACUUUUGUGUGUUUUUUUUUUUUU